AGACGACAUAGUUCGUAUAGCGAGAGGAAGUCAAACUUUGCUGAAAACGUUUUUCCACGUUAAGUUAACUUUGUUUAACUAAAGAUAGAGGUAUAUGUUUAGUAAUUUAAAUAAGCUUUAUUCGCCUGUAGGCUCUGGAAUAUUUAGAAUAAACGAGUUUUUUUAUCAGCAACUUCACCUUUUAUCACUCCAAGUUUGAAAAUUUACUAACGUUUACAUUUUACCAAUUUUUCAGUAUUUUCAUUAGAGAUAAUAGCAAUAGGUCAUGUCGCAUCAAGAAAUAGUAGAAAAUCCCCUUUUAUCAUUGUUAAUGAGGUCCGAGGACAUUAAUUGCGAUGGCUUGGCAGAAACUUUUGAAGGGUCACUAUCGGGAUUGGGAAUAGAGUCUAACACACAUAAUUAUAAUAUGACUGAAGCACUUCAAGCACUACCUAAAUGUCGGGAAUCGAGUAUCUGCAAUACUUCUUUCUCGCCAGACUGCUGCCUUACUUCUCCGUCUAUUGAAUCUAACGAAAUAAAUUUAGAAUGCGAAUUAAUUGCACCAACAUCAGCUGCAACAAAACAAACUGAAGAAACGUUAACAUAUCUUAAUCAAGGUCAAAACUACGAGUUGAAAUUAUUUAGAGGCGAUAAUAGCUUAAAUGAUAUGAAGAGUAUUAUAAGAAUUAUUUUCCACGAGAGAAAGAUGCAAUUUACAGAGAAAGAACUUCUUGAUAGAUGGAGGAACGAACAUCCUGGUAAAAGAUUUAUUGAUGUCGACCUACCACUUUGCUUAGGUCUUACAGAUCUUAGCAUUGAUCCUGAUGUUUUAAAUACCGCGACUGUAUUCUGGUAUGAGAGUUGUUCUAUUUCACUGAAAGUGCAUUGUAUAAGUACUGAAUUCACUUUGAGAAAACACGGCGGGGAAAAAGGUGUUCCAUUUCGAAUUCAAGUGGAAACCUAUGAUAAAAAUGAAGAAAAACUGUUGCAUUGUGCCUCGUGCCAAAUAAAAGUCUUUAAGCCAAAAGGAGCAGAUAGGAAGCAUAAAACUGAUAGAGAAAAAAUUGAAAAAAAACAAAUUGAUGAGCGAAGAAAAUAUCGACCAGUAGCAGCUACAACAAUACUAAAACACAUUCCAUUGGAAAUGGUUCAAAGCUAUCAUAUUAUGAACAACAAGAAUCAAAUACCUGACAUUGACCGUAACGCUGAAAUUGUAUUUAAUAUACCAACUCCAAGUCCAACAGAAGUUGUCAAAUUUCCAUCAGAGUCAUCAGAAAUCAUUAGUAUUCAGUCUACAGCAGCAGAAGUUGUAGAAUGGCUAAAUAACAAUAGAUUUUCGGAGUAUAGUAAGGUUUUCGAGAAUUAUGCAGGAAAGGAUAUAUUGAGAUUAUCUAGAGGUGAUCUAAUUGAGAUAUGCGGAAAUCUCGCUGAUGGAAUCCGUUUAAACAAUGCCCUCCAAUGUAAAAAUAUAAGACCUAGGUUAACAUUAUUCAUAAGGCAAGAGAAUACUGUCGAUAAAAGGAAUUGUGACAAGGAUGAUAGUCGUCUUUUAACCAGAGUUAGAUCAGAAGGAUCACUGCUUUUUACCAAUGAUGAUUCACUUAUAACUUCAUUGAAUAAUUUUCAAGAAUCAUUACAACAACAGGAUCCUAAACCAUAUAGGAAGGUUGUGAAAGGAAAACGAACUAAUUGCAUAGGUAUUGGUCUUAAGGAGGGUCCAAUAAUUAAUUGCGCAAAUCCGAGAUCAAAACGCCAUAAAGAUGAUAGCGAUAUUUCGGACGAUGAAGCCUAUUAUCUAAAGAAGCAAAAGAAGAAUAGGGUAUUAUCAGAGGAUAAUACAUAUCAUGCCCUUCAUUUGAAUGAUCUCGAUCUUUCUUCCUUAAGAGAUGGUUUAGCAGAGUUUUUUGGCGAAAAUAAGAAUUCUUUUAAAGAAAUCUAUACAAUUGAAGAAGAAGGAAUAUUCGUUUGUGUUUGCGAUGAAGUUAUUCGAAGUAUAAAAGAUAGAUCUAAAUUCUCAGUAGAGUUCAGUCAAGAUGAAGAAAAAGGUGACUUAAAGGUUUUUAUGCGUUAUAUAACAUAA